UGCAACACUUCCUUGUGUUUUAUUUCCAACACACCGAGACAAUACAAAGACGAAGUAGCCAGUGCUCUUGCAUCGCAAGAGAUUUGAUGGAUGAAACAAAAUAUUUAGACAAUUUACAGUGAUAUUAUAAAUACAAUUAAAAAAAAAUUGUGUGUUUGUAUAUAGUUUUAUGUUUUCAUUCAUUAAUUGUAAUGCAACUACGAUUAAAUGCUUCUUCAGCCUUCAUGUCGUCAAUAUUUGCCAUUUUUUUUAAAUCAAUGCACAACUCUUGAAUCUAACACAGAUUCACCUGAAUACCAGUAAGUCGCACUGUACUCAAAACAGAUGAACAUUUAUUGAAUCCGUGAAAUAAAUAAAUAAAUAAUAACAACACUAAGGUGAUCAAUUAAACGGUGUUUGGUGAUUGGCGAGAGUAUUCAAUUUUUUAUCAAAUGAAUUGUAUGUUUUGUAAAGGAUUUUUGUAAAUAUAUUCUACCAUAACUCGUGUCUUGAUAAGAGUUGUGCGUUUCCAUAGAUGCAUUUUGUACAUUUUGCGUAGUCAAAAAAAAAAGUCGUAUAGGAACAUGAUUUAGUGUACAAUUAAUUUAAAAAGAGUACAGAUACAGCAUUAUCGGCGCUCUAGUCAUAUAGCACGGGCAAAAUAAAAAAAUUAACACUGCUGGAAAAAUGAAUGAGAUCUGUUUUAUGGUGAUGUGUGUUUUUGAGAGAGUUGAAUAAACGUGCAUACCAUAAAAGGAAAUAUUGAAAAUUCAACAACGGACAUAUCGGAUAUCGAAUACACCAGAAGCAACACACAGGAAAAUUCCAAAUUAAAAAUUCGUCUGGUGUGUAUCUGUGUGCGCACGUUUUGUCGAGUAUUGAGUGAGUUCCAAUUCCAAAGAGGGCGGAAAAGAAAAGAAUGAAGAGGAAAAGAAAAGAAAUAAAAGAAUUACGCACACAAUAAAAAUAAACAUGGAGGCAAAGCCUGUGAUUGAAUUAUACGAUUUUCUGGUCGAAUCUGAACUACAGCAGUAUUACAAUGCCAUUAAAAAUGAAUUGAAAAUAACAUUGGUCCCGCAUUUGAAAUAUGCCAGCGAUGAAGACUUGAAACAAGUUGGCUUAUCAAAACCGCAAAUACGUCGAUUACGAAAAUUCUAUGAAAAGUAUUAUCCGCAUGGGUACCUUAGCAAAAUCAAGCGACUUUUGCAAAAUCCAGCCGGCAAACGGGAGGAAGUUGGCACAUUAAACAAUGCAUCGUCAACGGAAACGCUCAAGACAAUCAGUUCGCCAAGUAAACUGCCAAGCAAUAAGCAUAUCAUACCAGCCGAUUCGAUAUGCGUCAAUAAGCAAUUAGGUGUCGGUGAAUUUGGCAUCGUACAACAAGGAGUUUGGACGAACGGAAACGAACGAAUUCAAGUGGCUAUAAAAUGUUUGUGCCGCGAGCGCAUGCAAUCCAAUCCGAUGGAGUUUUUAAAGGAAGCAGCAAUUAUGCAUUCCAUUGAACAUGAAAACAUUGUUCGGCUGUAUGGCGUUGUUCUUGACACCGAUUCACUGAUGCUUGUCACUGAAUUGGCACAUCUUCGUUCAUUGCUGGAAUGUCUAAAGGAUUCUGGACUGCGUGUUAGCUUUCUAACUGUGCCAACGCUUUGUGAAUUUGCACAACAAAUCUGCAGUGGUAUGAUGUAUUUGGAAAAUAAACGUCUGAUUCAUCGUGAUCUGGCAGCCAGAAACAUUUUAGUUUUCAGUAAAACCAAAGUAAAAAUCUCAGAUUUUGGUUUAUCACGAGCACUUGGCGUAGGCAAAGAUUAUUACCAAACCAAUUUUAAUGUGAAUCUAAAACUUCCAAUUGCUUGGUGUGCACCGGAGUGUAUAAACUUUUUACGUUUUACGAAUGCGUCAGAUGUAUGGGCGUAUGGAGUUUGCUUGUGGGAAAUGUUUUCGUACGGUUUUCAACCAUGGGCUGCGUUAACCGGUCACCAAAUUCUCGAGGCAAUAGACGAACCACACUAUCAACGUCUUGAACAACCCGAAUGCUGUCCAAAAGAGUAUUACACAUUAAUGUUGAAAUGUUGGCAACAUGAUCCGGCGAAACGUCCAAAAUUUGCUGAAAUUCAUACAAUACUUCCUGAUAUGAAGCCCGAACAAUUGAAAACGGUCAUUGCGUACGGUGAAGCAAAAAAGGAACAUUUAAUGUAUCGACAAAACGAUAUAAUCACCGUACUAGACAAACCAAACAAUACAACAUAUUGGAAAGGUGUUUUAAAUUCUGGCAAAACGGGAAUGUUUGAUCCAAGCAAUACGGUUGCAUAUUUGGGCAACAGUUUGCCAUCGUCAGUGAAUCGAGACUCUUUUGUUCGUGGAAGUGAACGAACAAGUAGCAGACGUAAACUUUGCCCCGAAAUGAUUUCGGGCCCACAAAAUGAUCUGAAACACACCGGACACGUUGGCUUGGAUGGGGCCUACUUUGGUGAUGUUGCAUUCUUAUCCUCAUCCAAUUCACAAUCGUACAAUCAUGUGCCAAGACAAAUUGUCACUCCAUACAAGCCAUCCGAGGAUAUCGAACAAACACCAUUGUUGCCAUCAACGCCAACAAGUCCCGAUUCACUUCAAACGGCUAGCGGUUACUUUGCCGAAAAUAAUCACACAUUUUUAAAUGCACACUCCGCACAAACCAAUGAUGGUUUUAAUUCAUCGUUCGAUUUUUCAAAUCAAAAUUCAUCGACACCCGUCACAGCAUCAAAUGCUGGCUUCACAUCAUCAAAUCCGUUUGUUAAUUUAGAUAAUUCAACGCACAAUAAAAUUCUCAGUGAAGGUGGUGGUUUCACAAAUAUUUUGGAAGAGGAAAACUUUUCGAAGGAACAUACUGGCAAAAAUGGUAUGAAAUGGGUGGGCGAUGCUACAAGUGCAGUUGCCGAUCCAACACAUGAAUAUCAUGAAAUUUCCGACGAUGAAAUGCCAGGCGAAAAAUUCGAUUUGGGCCCAUCACUUUUAGAUGAAAUGGAUUUCAUGUUUCGAUCGAUGAGCGCCAAUAGCGAGCACGGUGAAUUGAAAUCACCCGAUUUUGAGAAUAACAAUAAGAAAAAUGAAAUCGCUGAAUUGGCGGCAAAAUUUCAACGUAAAAAUAGUGGUGGUUUAUUGCCCGGUUCAAUGUCAUCAUUGAAAACGAAAAAGAAAUCGGGAAAUGUACCCAGCGGAGCUGGAAAUGUAAAGCCAAUCUCAACAAAAGAUGAAAAAAUGCUCAAUCAGGCCAUUGAUUUUGCCAACGAAAUCAGCGCAAGAUCGAUGACCGACUUAGUAAACGAUUCGACCAGUACUCAAAGUCCGAAACGAAAAUUUAGUUUUCGUUUUCCUCAUUUGGUUCAUCAUUCGAAUAAUGGUGAUAAAGAUUUGGCAGCGUCGCCUAGUAGUCAACAUAAAGGUUCACAUGGCUUCAAAACACGUAACUUUUCUGAAGAAGCCCAAAAUGUUCCCGAUUUACAGCGCUUUCGUUCAUUAUCCGAAAUUGAAAAGUAUCAUUCAAUCGAUAUGAGAUAUUCUCAUGGCGAACGAGAUCCAUCUUUUGAAUAUCGUUAUCGUAAAAUGCGUGAAUUUUCGUCGCGACCAUUUAAAUUUGACAUAUCGGCACCUGGCAUGGAAACCGAUGGUGGCAUCAAUGAUGUCAAUUAUAAUGGUUUGCGUGGCAACUAUGAAAAUUCAUCAUCAAAAGUAUGCACACUGAGUCAGAAAACAAAAGAUUUUAUUGGUGAAAAUUUGAUUGACAUCGAAAAUACGUUGAAAGCAUUGAAUUUGGACUUUUUACAAACGUUUAAUGAUUUGGAAAAAAAUGAUUCGGCCGAAACGUUGUUCGGUGAAAAUUAUACGUACGAUGCUACCAACAUCAAUCCAAAGAUCUUAAACAAGGCAUUGAAAUUGAGUAAAAUUCCAACGAAUUAUAGUAGUAUGGAAGUAAGUCCAAAGUCAACAAAAAGCUCACAAUACAGUCCAUUGGAUAAGCAAGCAGCUCAACCGCAAUUCCAUGGAAGUGUUCAUUAUUUAAAUGAGAGUGGCUCAACGGAUAAACUAUUGGAUGGUAAACGUUCGAGUACACCUGAUACUGGUUUUGCAUCACGCGAAACAAACACUUCAUCACGACGUGGCAGUCAAAAAAGUAGCUAUAGUCCACAAGACACACAUUUCAGUCCGAGCUAUACAACACAAAUUGAAGAGGCACGUGCUGCAUAUGCUCAUCUUAAAGCAAAUGGUUCGUUUCCAAGUCGACAGCGAUCGAUGUCAUUUACCGAAAAUUACGAUUUAAAAUCGCCAGUGUUGUCAGAGCCACAAUUUGCAAAGAUUCAUAAUUCGACCACUGUUGGUCGUACAAAUAGCAGUGAUGGACAAGCUGUACGACGACGCCAUCGAAAUACAAUUUCUCACAAGCCAAAAAGUAUUCGUGCACGUAAUUUGCGUCGGCUUAGCUACAAUCCAAUCAUUUUGGACUCGAGCUCGUCGUCAAACAGUGAAAAUGAAUUCAAUCACAGAAGUGUUGAGAAUGUUCGAACAAUUGAUAGUCGUCGACAUCACAGCUAUCGAUCACAUCGAAAUUCAGCUGCAUCGCCAAUUAAAUCCAAUGAUGAUAUAUACGAUUUUAAGAAUUGGCAUACAAAUUCCGAAUCGGAUAUUCGAUUGAAAAAUCGAAAAACUCAGGCGCAUUUUCAAAGCAAUAUUUCUUAUACGCCAAGCCAAGAUAGGCUAUAUGGUUCAAAUGCCAGCAUAAAGAGUGCACCACAGUACAAUAAUUUUGCUUGUGAUCGCCAAAUGCAAAAUUAUUUAGGAAGAAAAAUGAAUUAUCCACAUGCUCAAUACAAUGAUUAUGCGGAUCAAUUGAAACUGGCACCAUCAUCUUCAUCACAUGCUUCCAAUCAAACUCCAAUUAAUUUUGAACGAAACGCACAUCGCAGCAGUUCACGUCGUCGUCAACAGCAGCAAACGUUACGAAAUAGUUAUUUAUUGCCGCCACCACCACCACCUCCAUCGUCCAAUAAUCGCACAUAUGAUUUGAAUGCGUAUAGCUUGUUUUCACAAUUUGAUGUGAGUAAAUUAACGGGCAAAAGUCCAACCACACAAAGUUUUUUGCAAGAUGCGCAAAGUCCGAGUAAAUUUGAAACAAAACCGCUCGAAACAAAACAAUUAACAGCCACAAGCAACAAUAGUGCAACUUCAAAUACAUUUCAAUGGCCCGAAAAAAUUCAUGUAUCAGCCGUUGCGGCACAAAACAGCAAUAUUAUGUGGCCACAAAAGCCAUCGGUACAAUCGUUGCAUACGGUUCGACAUGACUUUUCAAGUGAUGGUUCAUCCAGCACUGAAACUGAGUUUCCAACUGCCGAUUUCAAUCCUCGAUUACCCCCAAGUCCAGCACCAUAAAUUUUAUCCAUGAACAUAAAACAUAUACAUAUAUGCAAAUUUAGAUAGUAAUUUGACGUUACAUUCUAUUUUGAAAACAGCAAAAACAUACACAGAUAUCUAAAACAAACAAACAAACAAUCACAAACCCAUUGCAUACAUAAUAAUCGAUUUUGAAAUAAUGAACGGAAAGACGAUGAAGGCAGAGCACAAUUGAAUAUUUAUCAAAUAUAACCAUUGCUUAACAAAAACAUUUACUAUUAAAAUGACAACAUUCUAAAUGUUAAUUGUCUUAAUUAUUGAUUUUAAAAUUGCGAAGAAAAAUAAAGAGAAGAGAUAUUGUUACUAAUUUUGAAUGGGGGAUGCUUUUGCUCGCCAUCAAGCCAUUUAUAUACUAUAUGCUGCACCAUUUUUUUCAACAUACACACACGUUUAUAAAAAAAAACACACAAUCAUUUUUCUAGCGCAACUGUAUUCAAUUUGUUAAAACAAAAUACAAACUUAUUCUGCUAACCAAAGAAAUGGAACAAAAGAAAUGUGAAUCUACAGUAAUAGUCGAGUACUAUCUUUUGCUCUACGUAUAACAAAACGCAAAUUUUUAUUUACAAAAUAAUAUUUCUGUGAAUUUACAAUUGCAUUUGUGGUUGUGGGCCAACCUUAUAUACAGUACGAAUGAAACUAGAUAAAUCCGUUCGCAAUGUAAAUAACAUACUAUGCCUCUAGACCUUUCUCAAAGCAAUGAAAUGUAUUUUCAAGCCACCAAUUCCAGAUAUCUAUCAUUCUUUUGUUUUUGAAAGAGCAAUCAAACCAGAUAAUCAAUAAAAAAAAUUAACAAAUUUUU